AUGUAUGUUGAAGAAGGAUUUGAGGAUGGCAACUUAGAGAAGGCAGGUUAUAGCAGGAAAAACGUGGACAAGAAUUAUUACUUAGGGACCAGUGGAGAGGAAAGUUGGAAGAUUCCUAUGCCGAAGCGCCCUGCCGCAUUGCAAGCGUGCGCCCUCCUUUGGCUCUUCAAAUUCAGUAGUGUGAGACCAAUCUGUCCGCGCAAAAUACGCCGAGGUCGUUCUCUUCAAGUUAAUGACAUAAAAGGAUCUCUCUAA